AUGGGUCAACGAUCCAGUACAACCGCCAACACAAACGAUCAACGAUCAAGCUCGCUUGCGACGCAAGCCGAGCUAACGCUGUUAGCAACAGCACAUGCACAAGUCAUCACCUCAUCCACGACCUACAACGCAAGGCUGCUCGUCGACUCCGGAUCGGAGCUCAGUUUCGUUUCUGAAGAUCUCGUCGAACAGCUAGGACUUCAACGCACUCAAUCUUCAAUCUCCAUCACUGGCAUUGGUGGCAAGAAAUCAACACAAACUCGAGGUAUUGUAUCACUACAUUUACAAUCUCUUUACAAUACCUCAUCGAUCUCAAUACAAACUCAUGUGUUGCGCACUCUAACCACAAUUUUGCCGUCUUCUGAGGCACCCCACCAAGACUGGCCACAUCUCAAUCGUCUCAAGUUGGCAGAUCCUGAGUUUUACAAACCACGACCCAUCGACGUCAUCAUCGGUGCCGACAAUUAUGGACGAAUUAUAAAAUCAAAUGUAAUUAAAGGUUCGCCAUCAAUGCCAGUCGCCCAGCUCUCAAUAUUCGGAUGGCUCGUUAUUGGACCAGCAAGGAGGCGUCAAGCUCGUGCUUAUUCAUCAUUUAAUGCAUCAAUCUCUCAAGACAGCGACGCUGCUCUGAGAGAACUGCUGACGAAAUUCUGGAUUCAAGAGGAGCUUCCAACGGAAAACACAUCUCAACUCACACCGGACGAACAAGAGUGUGAAGAUCACUUUCGUGCAACGCACAGCCGUGAUUCUACUGGGCGAUACGUGGUGCGUAUUCCUCUCAAAACAAAUACUAAAGUCUUGGGUACCUCUUACAGCACAGCUCGCUCCUGCCUGCGACGCACGCUCAGCAAGCUCACUCGAAAUCCUGAGUACCGUGAGCAAUAUCAGCGAUUCAUGAUGGAGUACGAGGACCUCGGUCACAUGAAGAAGGCUUCUUCAAUCUCGCCCAACGACUCUUCAAUUUACUAUCUUCCACAUCACGGAGUUUUCAAGCCUGACAGUGAAACAACAAAGCUGCGGGUCGUCUUCAGUGGCUCAAGUCCAACAACAACUGGACUUUCUGUCAACGACAUCAUGCACACUGGUGCGAAUCUCCUGCUCAACAUCAACGACGUUUUGCUGUGGAUUCGCCAUCACAAAUGCAUAUUCGCCACGGACAUCACAAAGAUGUAUCGUCAAGUACGAGUACAUGAAGACGAUUGGAAUCUCCAACGGAUACUCUGGAUAGAUGAGGAAUCAAAUGAAGUCCCAUACACACUGACAACAGUCACCUACGGUACCAAAGCUGCACCAUUUCUAGCUGUCAGAGCCCUGUUGCAACUUGCAGAGGACGAAGGUCAACGCUACCCACUGGCAGUACCAUCAAUCAAAUAUGCAAGGUAUGUCGACGACAUAUUUGGUGGUGCAGAUUCUCUUGAUUCGUUAAUUGAAAUUGCUUCACAAUUAACUGACUUGUGCAACGCGGGCGGUUUCCCUCUUGCAAAGUGGCACUCAAACGAAGCCUCUCUGCUUGAAACCAUCGUGCCUUGCAAUAAUUCUCAAGGUACAUCAAUCUCACUAGACGACUGCAAUACCAAAAUACUCGGAUUGCGAUGGAACACUGUCAACGAUAGUUUCACAUUCACUACUAAAUCUCACCACAAUCUCAAUUUUACAAAACGCCUUGUAUUAUCUGAAGUAGCACAGAUAUUUGAUCCGCUUGGCUUUUUGUCACCAGUCAUUAUUCGAGCGAAGGUACUCCUGCAAGAAUUAUGGCUUCUCAAUCUCAAAUGGGAUGAUCCACUGCCAUCCCAUGUUACUAUACGAUGGAUUGCGAUCAGAGAAGAUCUCACAAGUCUGGCCAGACUCUCAAUACCAAGGUGGUUCAACACCUACAACAAUUCUACAGUGGAAUUACACGGCUUCUCUGACGCUUCACAACUCGCCAUGGCAGCAGUAAUUUACAUUACUGUUUUUUCGCCGUCCACAGAUCUCAAGGUGACGUCACUGGUGUGCUCCAAGACAAAGUUCGCACCUCUCAAAAAACUUACAAUUCCCCGACUCGAGCUCACAGCUGCGCUGAUACUUGCAAAAUUACUGAAAUACGUUCAAGCUAAUCUCAAACUCAACAUUGCUACAAUUCACCUGUGGACGGAUUCUCAAGUAACACUUACAUGGAUCAAAUCUCACGCAUCACGAUGGAAAGAUUACGUCAAGAAUCGUGUAACACAAAUUCAAGAACUAACGCAAACUGCAACUUGGAUGCACGUUCCUGGCACAUCAAAUCCUGCUGAUUGCGCUUCAAGAGGAUUGACUACAACUCAGCUUGAACAACACGAGCUAUGGUGGAGGGGACCACCGUGGCUUUUACAAUCUCAAGAAUCAUGGCCUGUACAACGCAACGCAUCUGACGACACUUGCCUGCAGGAGUGUCGCCCAGGAAUCUCUCACGUGUUAACGUGCCAAAAAAUCGAUUAUCACUGGGACUUGAUUCACAAAUAUUCAUCUUUGCAAAAACUUUUUCAUGUUACCUCAGUUUGUUACAGGUUCAUCUCCAAACUGAGAAGGACAACUGCUUCAACGAGGCUCUCGAACACACCAGCUGAUUUGGAAAGGGCCAAAAUCUUCUGGAUCAAGGCCACACAAUCAGCAUACUUCUCACACGAGCUCAAGAUGAUGGUCAACAACCAAACGUUACCAUCGUCCCACGCCUUCAAUCGACUCACGGCCUUCAUCGACGAUCAAGGGGUUAUUCGAGUUGGAGGAAGACUCAGCAACGCUCAGUUAACCUAUGAAGGUAAACACCCUGCAAUCCUUCCACGUCACUCACGUCUGUCCGAAUUGAUUGUAGAUCACUCCCACAAAGCAACGCUUCAUGGAGGGACACAACUCACACUCGCUCACAUCAGACAGACUUACUGGAUCAUCGGUGGACGAGCUCCAGUCAAAUCUCACAUUCUGCGGUGUGUUGGGUGUGCUCGGCAGAGGGGGAUCCGUGCCCAUCAACUGAUGGGCCAACUACCUCUCUCUCGGGUUACACCCUCACACCCAUUCUCACACACCGGCGUAGACUACGCCGGUCCCAUCGCACUCAAGACGUGGAAGGGGCGAGGUGCGAAAACACAAAAGGGCUGGAUCUGUGUUUUCGUUUGCAUGACAACGUCUGCUGUUCAUCUGGAAAUGGUUACCGACUAUUCAACGGAUGGAUUCGUUGCCACGUACCGACGGUUCGCUGCAAGAAGAGGCAUUCCACAUACAAUCUACUCCGACUGCGGAACAAACUUCAUCGGAGCAGAUUCAGCAUUGAAAUCAAUGUUCGUCGAGGGCACUCAAGACAAUCAACGAUUGGCCAAGCUGUUCGUCGACGACCAUACAACUUGGAGUUUCAAUCCACCUGCUGCACCGCACAUGGGAGGAAAGUGGGAGGCAGUGGUCAAGUCUGUCAAAUACCAUCUCAGACGCACGGUGAGUGACACUUUACUCACCUUUGAAGAAUACUAUACUCUUCUAAAUCAGAUUGAAGCAACGCUUAAUUCACGACCACUGGAGCCUCUCACGGACGACCCUGACGAUCUCUCAGUGCUAACACCAGCUCAUUUCCUAAUCGGAAGAGCAAUCUCAACGCUGCCUGAGCCAUCUGUUGAACAGGCCAACAUCUCACCGAGAGCCAGGUGGCAUCUCAUACAACAAAAAUUACAACAAUUCUGGAAGCGCUGGUCAACUCAACAUCUCCAACGGAUGCAAUCAAUCUCUAAGUGGCAUCACCCUUCCAACAACAUCCACGUUGGAUCUCUGGUGCUGCUUACAGACGAGCGCUUCCCACCAUGCAAGUGGCCUCUUGCUCGAGUGCUCGCAGUUCACCCUGGACCAGAUGGACUGACGAGGGUCGUCACGAUCAAGACGGCCACCUCAACUCUAACUCGGCCAAUUGCAAGGUUGGCUCUACUACCAGUAGCGGAUCAGGAUUCAUCACCAUCUUCUACGAGCUGCUGA